AUGGCGAUCUCUUUCGGUGACCUGUCGACACCUGAGGGUCUGAAGCAGCUCGACGAGUACCUCCUCACCCGCAGCUACAUCUCGGGCUUCCAGGCGUCCCGCGAUGACCUCACGGUCUACAGCGCGCUUAAGUCGUUCCCCAAGGGCUACACCAACGCUUCGCGGUGGUACACCCACAUUAAGGCGCUGCUCGGUGCAAACUUCGCCGGCCCCGGCGUGGGUGUGGUGAUCGGCGGUGCUGCUCCUGCCGCCGCUGCUCCCACCGCAGCUGUCGCCACUCCCCCCGCUGCCGAGGCCAAGCCCGCUGAGGACGAGGACGACGACGACGAUCUGGAUCUGUUCGGCGAGGCCACGGAGGAGGAGAAGGCCGCCGCUGCCGAGCGGGAGGCCAAGGCAGCCGCGUCGGGCAAGAAGAAGGAGAGUGGCAAGUCGUCGGUGCUGCUGGACGUGAAGCCGUGGGACGACGAGACGGACAUGGCCAAGCUUGAGGCGGCCGUGCGCAAGGUGGAGAUGGACGGCCUGCUCUGGGGCGCCUCCAAGCUGGUGCCUGUCGGGGCGAGGCCGCUGAGUACAUUCAGAGCUGCGACAUUGUGGCCUUCAACAAGAUCUAAGGGAGCAGGCUUCUAUCAUCGUGACUGGACGACGUCAUGCACGGAUUGCCACGAAGACUGUGGAACCACGUGCUGUGCGCUUUUUUGUCCGUGCGUCCUCGUGGGGCGAACAACAGAAAUCGUCACCGACGGCGAAUCAGAUGCGACGACAUCUUGCUGUCUAUUCUUCCUCUUCCAAUUAGUAAUGCUUGGAUGCCUUUAUUCUCAAGGAGUUCGGAACAAGCUACGACAAAAAUACGUUUUACCUCCACGGCCCUGUGGUGACUGCUUAAUGCAUUGCGCUUGUUUGUGCUGUUCUAUCGCUCAAGAGAUUAGAGAGCUUAAGAAUCGAGGAUGGGAUCCAAAACGAGGCUAUGAAGAGAACAUGCGGAUACUUCAAGCAAGAGGCUUGCCUCCCCCGCCACAGUCAAUGCGGAGCACAGCCAUGGCUCGGUCAGUCAUUUUGGCCGUCACGCUAGUCCUAGCGGUUGUCGUCUGCCUGUCGGCCGUCAGCGUUGACGGCGCUGCACCGCCGACGAAGACGCAGCUGCGCGCCGAGCUGAAGAAGCUAACGGCGACGAUCACGAAGAAGUACCCGAAGUACGCCAAGUACUCGGCGCAAGUCAACAGAGCCAUCAACGUCGCAUUGAACUCCAAAUACGAUUUCAGUGCGCUCAAGAACGCCACGCUCCUCCUGAUGAGCGACGCCACGGCUGACGCGCUGGCGAAGCGUUUCAAGGGCAAGAAGAUCUCCACUGAUACCGCGUACAACCUCACCGCCGUCCAGAUUAUCGCAACCAAAUACACUCAGACCCAGCUUCAAGCUAUAAAGAAGGGCCAGCUGCUCCCGACUCAGCUCAAGGGCUUGAGCCUUGUUAAAAUGUCGCCUAAGGGCCCGACAAUCAUGCUGGGCCAGGCGGGCUUUGCGCGUGCCACGUGGAGCACUGUGGUUGAGCCUCAAAUGUACGUCGGACCGUACUUCAUCGCACAUGGGGUCGACCAGCCACAGUUCCCGAAAGGCACGAAGUUGCCAGCUUGA